AACCUUACUUUGAUAUCCAUGACAAUGUGAAAUGUCACUUAGGUGUUUACAGUAGGACAUUUUGGUGAUGGAAAGAAUACAAUAAAUUGAAAGAAAGUUCAACUUUACAAAGGGGACGUAUCACCAUCAGGACAGGAAGCCGUUAGGACCGGACACACUCCCGACUUGAAAUGGCACAAUCAUGACGGGACGCUACCACAGCGGGACACCAUCAGGACGGGGUACCGUCAGAACCUGACACGACACACUUCUGAUAAGACACCAUCACGACGGGGUACCGUCAGAACCUGACACGACACACUUCUGAUGAGACACCAUCAGGACCGGGUACCGUCAGAACCUGACACGACACACUUCUGAUAAGGCACCACCAGGACGGGGUACCGUCAAAACCUGACACGACACGCUUCUGAUAAGACACCAUCACGACGAGACACCAUCCUCGUUUAUGCCUUGCAAACUAAUAUUGGACGACACAUUAUUAUCAGUGUAUCCCCCUCACUCGUGCACAUCAUUUACAUACAGCAUGUAUUCCCUGCAGUCAACAUGUUAGCAUUACUAAGGAAGGCUGUUGGGAAUUCCAUUUUCGUUUUGAAUUUCGCAUCCUGGCUACAGUGCCAUCGAUUGAUCGUCACAAAUAAAGGCGUGGGCGAUCUGGAACAGGCUCAAUGGCUGCAGAACGACUGAUAGGAAGAUACAGAGAGUGGACGUUUUUAUCACGAAAUUGGAAUAAUAAAAGGUUAUUCCAAGUUCAUGGCAUUCGAUCAGUUGGGAAGUCGAGAUUUGUGGAAGAAUUUUUGAAAUUCAAAGAGGAUAGCAAAGAGUGUUAUGUGAAGGUGGUGCCGAUCAAGGUAAGGACGGUAUCUGGUGUAAGAGGGAUUUGUUUGUCCUUAUUCUCUGCUCUAAAUCUGUCAGCACCGGAAGAUGACACGAUCUGGACAGAAACUAUAUGCAGCACUCUGGCCGGAAGAGGAGAUACAGACAUCAUAAUAGUGUUUGACGACGCUGAGAAUAUACUAGAGAGGGAAAGCGCAGAAGAGUUCAAACAGUUUUGUAAACAUUUGAUUGAAAACUGCAGGAAUGUCAAAAUCAUCAUCACAUCGACAACGGAAGUUGUUUUCGAAGACAUCGAAGAGCAAUGCAUGGACCUUCUGAUACCUCCUCUCUCGCCAACAGAUUCUGAGGCGUUACUUCGUCGUUAUGCCCCGUCCGUGGACUUUGGACCACAUCUUAAGACCAUAAUUGAGUUGUGUGAGGGGUUACCUCUUGCCAUCGCCAUGGUUGCUUCGGAGCUGACAGGAACCGGAAGUGACGCUUCCUCUCUGACUGUAGCGGAAAUGUCUCUGGCGCUUCAAAACUGUCGUCUUGAGGCCUUAAGUCAGUUCAUGUAUACACGUAACGAAAGAUUAGAUGCUAUAUACGGCACGUUCCUGGAACGUUUACCAGAGUCCAUGCGACACAAACUGGCCAUGAUAGGGUACAUACCCGGAACGUUUACUCCAAGUCACGUGAGGGAGAUGAUCGAUGAUCCAACCGUCGAAGAGGCGAUGGAAACUACCAUUACGCCAUUGAUAAGACGACAUUUUCUGAAACAGGACGACAUCACACAGCGAUACGAUAUACAAGGGAUCCUAAGGAACUGUAUUGACGACUUAUUGGAGACUGUUAAGAACAGCCCAGAGGCGAAGGAGAGGUUCUGUUUCCUAUUUGCCCGUUUAAUGACGAAAAUCGGAAGUAUGCUGACAACUUCCGAAUACGCAGACGCCCUGUGUCAGUAUAACCAAGAACAACAGAACUUCCAGAAGCUUCUAACGAAUGUGGAGCUGGUCUACUCUAACGAAGAUAUGUAUUGCCUGUAUAUGGAGAUAGCGGUCAAUGCGUCCAACGUCAUCCAGCAGUUCAUGGGCGCUGACGGAUUCCAGUUCUACCAAGAGCUUACCGUUCUCUCGUCAAAACUGAACAGAAAGCUGGACGAGGCAUGUGUUCAGUUGUGUUAUGGUGGAGCGUUGACCAAUGUCAAGGGCAUCUCUAAAGAAGGCGAGGCGAAAUAUCGUCUUGCAAUACAGUACUUGGAAAACUACAGGGAUGACCCAUCGCUGUCAUUGUCCGGUUGCUACCACGGUCUGAGGAAGGACAUCCGUUAUCAUCUGGCAACCUCGUAUCAGAGAAUGGGGUGGAAUCUGUUUAUCCAAGGCAGAACAAGUGAAGCUAUCGUUUAUCUGGAAAAGGCUUUUGAGUUUGAGAACGAGUUAAAGAUGUACACGGACGAACUAAUCCUAUCUACGUUGAUGUCACUUGGAAUAACGCACAACCUCUCUGAGAACAUGAGCGUCGCUCUUCGGUAUCACGAAGAAGCUCUUCGCCGGAGGAAACAACUUUACAAAACUCCAGAAGAUCCUGAGGGGGAAAGACAUCCUGCUAUUGGAUCCUGCUACAACAACAUGGGACUGACAUACCGUAAGAUGGAACGCAAGGACGAAACGCUCUACUAUUUCAAAAAGUCAUUGGAAGUAAAACAGAAAACCAAAGCCCCACAAAAAUCUGUCGCGAUAUCGAUUAUCAAUGUUGCCAGUGCUCUUUCCGAAACAGGAAAGCAUAACGAAGGUAUGCUUAUGUUACGAGAUGCAACGGCAAUUUUAAACAAGACCCCAAAUAUUUAUCAAGACACAAAAGCUUUAGUAUAUGCAACGGAAGGCCAGAUCAUGCUCCGCAAGAAAUGCUACAAAGAAAGCAUUAAGCUCUUCAAGAAAUCCUUAUCCAUUCGCAAGCACAGCGGCCCUAACAACUUUUGGUCAGGAGAGACAUACAACGACCUCGCUAAGGCAUACAUUGGUCUCAAUGAUAGCAGACAGGCUCUUUAUUGGCUGAAUAAAGUGUUCAGUCUGCAAGAGGAAUUAAAAUCAGAUGCUCCAACUAAUUCGUUCGUGUACGACUGCUACGUUAGAGUCAUGGGCGUGCUUGCUGACAUUGGCAAUUACGACGAGGUUGGUUACGCGUUUAAUAUUGCAUUGCAAGAGCUGCAGCGCUUACGCGUGGAGUUCACUGCCUUGGGCAACGCUACCAAGAUAGCGUGGGUAGAUUCUGAAAGCAGUUCGCUUCCUGGAGUCUUUACCCGUCUGGUUCCCUGCACCGAUCAGUCACAGCCACUGUGUGUCCAGUAGAUACAGGUUACACAACACCAUUGGUGAACUGUGUUAAUUGAAGACCGUAUAACAAAUAUGGGUGAGGCUGAAUAUCAUACCAGAUUUUUUUAUGAACCGACGCACGCUCCAAAACCUCGAAAUUUCAUUCAGUUUAAAAAUUAACUAAAUCGAGUCAGAUAUACAUGAUAUCCAACCUGCAUGCAAGUCGCGUGUAGCAUAGAAGUUAGCUCUCACACGCGAGAUUAUUUCUUUUGGACAUACAUUUACUGAUAAUAUGGUUUCAUUUUUUUGUACCCGUAUGAUGUGUUUAUAUAUUCUCCCUUUAAAUAAUUUGUGAAACUACCAUCAUACGGACGUGGAUAUAAUCCAAACAUAGCUUAUUUUGACUUGUUGAUUGAAAUAUUAAUCUGUUUUUAAAAUACUGUCUCGCUGUUUCUCAACUUUCUAUAACGUAUGACGUCGUGUCGUUUUCAUCAAGAAGACAAUAAGCAGGACCUUGACACAAUGAAUAAUUCAUGUUUUGCGCAUUUUCUCCGCUCUUGAGCUCUAAAUUACAUAUUUGCAAUAAAUUUCUUUUGUCGAAAACAUU